AGAAGCCUUAUUAGCAAAAACUAUCGGUCCUCAGUUAAAAAAUGUUCUUGAUGAAGUGGUAAAAAUGGUAAAUUUUAUUAAAAUGAGACCAUUAAAAACACGACUUUUUUCUUUAUUAUGUGAAGCAAUGGAAUCACAAUUUACUAAACUUAUUUUACAUACAGAAGUACGAUGGCUAUCUCGUGGUAAAGUUUUGUCCAGAGUACAUGAGUUAAAAAAUGAACUUAUCGUGUUUUUUACUCUUGAAAAUGUACCCGAAUUUUGUGAAUUAUUAACGAACGAAAAAUGGUUGGAAAAACUAUCAUACUUGGCAGACAUAUUUUCACACUUAAAUCAAAUAAAUUCAAGUAUGCAAGGACCAAAUGAAAAUAUAUUGGCAUCAUGUAGUAAGUUAUUUACUCUUAAAGAUAAAUUAAAAAUCUGGAAAAAACGUGUGCAAAAAAAUCAAUUUGAUAUGUCUCCUUCAUUAUCUGUAACAGAAGAAAGUUCCGAAGUUAUGACAUUUAUAAUGGAGCAUUUGACUGCCUUAGAAGAAAGUAUAGACGAGUAUUUUCCUAAUUUAGAUAUUUCCAAGUAUGAUUGGAUAAAUGAUCCAUUUGAUAAAAAUAUAUGUUUAACUGAAUUUAGCCUUGAAGAAGAAGAAGAGCUCGUUGAAAAUAUUCACGCUGAAAUUGGCAAAAAAGUUCUAAAAAUAUUACUGCAGUUUUCGACAUCAUAUUUAUGUGAACAAGGAUUUUCCACUCUUGUUAACAUAAAAUCAAAUAAACGAAUGAAAAUGGAGUUCAUUGAAGAAGAAAUGAGAGUAUGUCUUUCAACUAUUCGACCACAAAUAAAAGAUUUGUGUAAAAAAAAACAAGCCCAAGUGUCACAUUAG